AUGACGGACCAACGGGCCGAUUGCAGAGCUACAAAAAUAGGCGGUCGCCGUCUGGGGAUACCGACCUGGCAACCGCUUCAGCGCACUCUUUCACAUGAAAAGCAGGCCAGUUCAAUGAAGGCGAUUUUGCUUUACUCCUUCCUACCUUCUUUUUGGUUUGUCAUGAAUCCAAAAAAGCCUUUGCCCACUUUUGAGGGUCGCGACUAUCAUACAGAAGUGCACCAUAUCUGA